AUGAAGGUGUCCUCCUUCCUGGCAGCCAGCCUACUGGCCGUCACCGAAACAAUAGCUCAUUCUGAGUCCCUUUCUCGUCAUGAGGUCGCACGUCGAUCUGCCAUGUCAAAACGCUGCGAGGCCAAUGCCAGCAGUUUCAACAGGAAGCGCCACGAGAAGGCAAUGGCUAAGCGUGCUUGGGGAGCUGGUAACACGACAGUCGAGAUCACUACCGAGUCAUCAUACUACGACACUCUGCAAAAUGACACCUGCGUGUUGACACCCGACGUCACACCUGGCCCAUACGUGUGGCCUCGCUCGCAAACCCUUCGCCAAGAUGCAACAGAGGACCAGCCCGGUGUCCCAUUGUGGAUGGAUAUCGGUGUUCUGGAUAUGGCUACUUGUGAGCCCCUGGAAGGCGUGCUCGUGAGCUUCUGGCACUGCAACGCAACGGGCUCUUACUCCAGCUUCACGGCUCUAUCGCCCAACACCGGUUUCCCCACACUGCUCGAAGAGCUCAACAUCACGGAUACCUACGAGCUUGGCGUGACCGACCUGCACACUGACGACACGACGUGGCUACGUGCUAUGUGGCCUACCGAUGCCAACGGAAUGGUGGAAAUGAAGACUAUCUUCCCUGGCUUCUACAUCGAGCGAGCUAUCCACAUCCACGUCCAGGUCUACACCGACUGGACUCUUCACGACAACGGCACUGUCACGUCUGGCAACCUGAUCAGCACUGGGCAAGUCUACUUCGACGAGGCUCUGGAGCAGCAAAUGAUGGCCUUGGAGCCGUACGCGUCGCACACCGAGAUCAACCGCACUACGAAUGCCGAGGAUUCCGUGUACAGCCAGGACACGGAAGGUGGCUACAACCCUGUUUUCAGUGUUGUUGCUGCUGAUGGGGAGAAUGUUGAGAAUGGUAUGAUCGGAUAUAUCACAGUUGGUGUCGACACUACAAAUCUCCUGACCAACACAGAUAACACAGCUCCUUGA